AUGGGGGACGACGCGUCUUCUUUAUUUCGGAAGAUGAGUGAAGCUAGCCAUGAUAGGUUUGUCACUGCUCCCGAUUGGUAUGGCAAGGCCUACUGUCAUCAAGAAAAGCUGGAGCUGGCCUCGCUUAGCAACCUACUGGAAGUCUCAAUUUCCACUCCGCAAAAACGCUUUGACAACAUCGACGCCAUUAUUUCGAUACAGAUGACUCCUCAGAUGAGCGGUGCGGUCGUACGGCGCAACGCUUCCCACUAA